AUGUUCUGCGUGGAGGGCAUGACACGGUACCGCUCCUUGGUGGACCUCCUCCAGAUUCCCAUGCUUGGCAACCAUGAGUAUACCAUCUGGCUGGCCACGGACAAGGCUAUCACAAAGCAACUCUUAGCGGCAAAUGGCGUCUCCGUGCCCAAGGGUGAGCUGUUGGAGAAAGGCAUCCACGAGAGACCAUGCAACAUCAAGGUGCCCCUGGUGGUGAAGCCUUGCAAUGAGGACAACUCCCGGGGCAUCACUCUGGUGAAGAGGGAGGAGGAUCUCGCAGCCGCCAUUGACUACGCCUUCAGCUUCGACCCACGCGUGGUAGUGGAUGAGUACAUUGCAGGUCGCGAAGUGCGUGCUGCAUGCAUUGAGGAAGAGGACGGCAGCCUCACGGUCCUGCCCAAGCUUGAGUACUUCCUCAAGGACAUCCGCACUGCAGCCCACAAGCUUCAGACUGACAGCAGCGGCAAGCUUUCCACCAACGCCAUUGUGGCCGCGAAGAAGGACGGCGACCGUCAGUGCCCGGCUGAUCUCAGCCCGCUCCUGCACCAGCGCAUCGAUGCCAUGAUCACCAAGGCACACCGCGUGCUGAACUGCAGGCACUACUCCCUCUAUGACUUGCGCAUUGACAGCAACGAGCAGCCCUACAUCCUUGAGGCCGCUUUCUUCUGCUCCUUUUCGCCACUCUCUGUGAUUCCAUCCAUGGCCAAUGCCUCGGGCCGGGAGGAUCUCAAGCACCCGAAGCUCUUCCACAGCUUUUUGGAGAGGGCAGCCAAGGAAAAGAAGCAGGUGGAUGAGGACGAGGAAGUCGAAGAGGAGAAGCUGGGAGGUUACACUCCAGCGUCGGCCGUCGCGGCCGAGAUCGAAGCCUUCAAGCGCGACUCCUCGGAGGAGAAGUCCACAUCUGAGGGCAGCGACUAG